CUUUCACCUUCUUAUCUUAUUUAUUUUCGUUUUGAAAUAAUUUAUUCUCUUUUUCUUGUUAAUUAUGCAGAUUAAUAAAAUUGUCUAACAGAAAUUCAAUGCAAAUUACCUAUUCGCAACUUUGUUAUCUAAUUAUUUGACUAUCAUAUUAAUAAAAACUUUGAACUUACAAUAGGGUCUUACGUUCAUGGAAUGAAUCUUUUUGCUCACCUUUUGUUGAAUGAGUACUCAAAUAAAUAAAAUUGUCACAUUUCGAAUGAUGAUAAUCCACAGGCCAUUGUUGAGACGACGUUACAUUAUUAAUAUGUUACACUUUGGUGUGCUAUAUAGGCGGGGUGCAACAUUAGUCAAUAUUUCUUCAAAAAUGAAGCUGGUCAUAAUUUUACAGUCAUUGAAGAACCCUGUAGAGCUAUAGUUAGUGGCUUUUUCGUGUCUGAAUUGGCGGAUUUUGAUGCGGACAACUACCUUGGACCUUUGGAUUCAACAAGACGGCGCUACCCUCCAUACAGUCAACGAAAAAUCGAUUUAUUGAAGGAAUUUUUUGGUGAGCGUACUACCUCGCUUAAUACGCCUGCGACGAUGCCUCCGUGACCGUGUGAUUCAACACCGGUGAACUAUUCUUUCUGUACCAGUAAUCGGCUGUCUGUAGUUCAUAAAAGAAGUACCAUUAGAAUAAUUUCGAUAUCUGGAAACUGGAAAAACAGAAUAAAAAAAAAAAAGACUCGAAAGAGAAUAAAUACUACAAACGAUAAUAAUAUUGGAGAGAAAAUUUGUCAGAAACAAAAUUAUACUGAGAAAGCCCAAGAUGUUCCCAUAAGUAGAACAAAGUAUAGCGCACAAAUCAGCAAUUAUAUCAACAUAGGCUCAAUCUAAUAAGUCAAACAAUAACACAAAAUACAUAUAUGUAAAACGACAGAUGACAAAGUAGGUGAGCGAAAAAAUAUAUUAUAUAUUAGUGAGAUCGUACAUACAAGUAUAUACAAGUUUAGUAUUCAAAUUCAAACGCCAUACCGAAGCUAUCUAYAACAGUAAGCCACUCAAGUGUUGGCAGUCGACAUUAGACAAACCAGGUGUGUAGACGCAAAGCAGUCAAGAAAUUUCGUAAAUAAAUUGUGUUACAUUUAAAAACUUGUAAUCUUUGAAAAGAAAUGCUUUACUAUAGUUUACUGUUAAUAUUACCAUUAUCCUUAUGGUCCUGCGUGAGUGCUUACGUUAUACCAAGAGACUUACCAGAGCGCGUGGGAGAUAAGUUCAUAUACUUCGGCUAUGGCAGCAAUAUGUUGACCAAACGCAUACAUAUACAAAAUCCGACCGCGGUGAAAAUUGGUAUGGGCAUAUUGAAGGAUUACCGAUUGGAUUUUAAUACCUACACGGAACGUUGGGGCGGUGCACCAGCGACUAUUGUGCCUACGCCUGGCGCAUACGUUUAUGGCACACUGUGGGAGAUAUCGUUAAGCAAUUUGGAUGAUAUUGAUGACCAAGAAGGCGUCCACGAGGGCAUUUACUAUGCAGCCAGCUUGCCUGUGAUGCUGUCGAAUAAUACAGUAGCCACCGCACGCGCUUAUCUGUUAGCCGAUCAACCGAAAAAACCGUUAAAUGAUUUCUCCGAUGACGAUAAGGUGCCACUUAACCGUCAACCUUCGAAAACUUAUUUGCAAUGCUUGGUGAAAGGUGCAGAGGAGACUGGCAUUGUGCCAUGGUAUGUUGAGUGGCUGAAAUCUGUAAAGCACAAUGGCCAUGUAGCGCCGGACUUGGAGCAAAUUUUGGACUUAAAAGACGUGCAAUUGAAUUCUAUGUCUUCGAAGUUUUACUACUUUGGUUUUGGCAGUAAUCUUUUAGCCAAGAGAAUACACAUACAAAAUCCUACGGCGGUGCGCAUAGGACCUGGGAAGCUGGAAAAUUACCAACUUGAUUUCUAUACAAGUUCCCGCACUUGGUAUGGUGCACCCGCGACCAUAGUACCCAAAACGAGCGCCUGUGUUUUUGGCGCCAUUUGGGAGAUUGACAACAGCAAUUUAAAAGAUUUAGAUGAUCAAGAGGGCGUCUCCUAUGGCAUUUAUGUGCCUAUCACAGUGCCGGUACUGGAGCUUAACAGCGGCAAGUUGGUAGAGUGUCGCGCCUAUCAUUUAAAAAAUCAACCAACGGGCGAUGUGCGAUGCCUGAAAUCCGAAGAGAUACCCUACGAUCGUCAGCCAUCGAAAACAUAUAUGAAAACUAUUGUGAAAGGUGCUUUGGAGACAUGUCUGCCCGCGGAGUACGUGCAGUGGCUGCGUACCAUCAAACAUAAUGGCAAGAUGAUCGAUGCGUUAGAGAAGAAAUUGGAAUUGCAAGAUGUGAAUUUGUAAGCACAGUUAAGGGUCACAGAAACUUUUCCAAUAGUGUAAAGCUUAAAGAGCUUAUUGAAUUAUAAAACGGAGACAACUAAAGCAUUUAUAUAGGAACCUAGGAGUUCUCAUUGAUCAGUUUCUACAAGUCAGUAGAAUUGAAUAAGUUAUGGAAUUGAUAA